CCAUCAAUAUAUCUGCAUAAAAGGAAGGGUUGUUUGAAUCUUAAAGGAAAAAAAAGAGAAGAAAAAUAGGAAGCAGCAGCAACAACAGCAACAUCAUGCAAGUAAGCCUCUUGAAAGCUUAUGAAGCAGCAUCAAAGAAGGAAGGAGGAGGAGAAGAAGUGCUGUGCAAGUUUUGGAGGGAGCAACAACAACAACAACUAGGAGGAGGUGCGAGUGAGAAAGCGAUAGACGGAAGGGGCAACACAAUGCUGCAUUUCAUGGCCAUGAGCAACAACACAUUGGCCUUGAAAAAACUUCUUGAUGUCGGGCUACUCACCGCUAAUGAGCUCAAUCCUAGAAAUGAAAAAGGUGACACACCACUUCAUGAAGCUGCCAAGUUGGGUCACAUGAAUUUCGUACAAAUGUUGGUGGUCAAUAAUCCAGGUUCGGUUUUCGAACGCAACAAGUUUGGAGAGACUCCUCUUUAUUCUGCUGCUGUCUAUGAAAAAGUCGAGGUUUUCGAUUUUCUCAAGUGGAAAGUAUACAAUGCAAGAAACCGCAGCAGCACCAACACCACCGCCAUGGCUGCCCUGACCAAAAAUGAUGGCUCCACUGUCCUUCACACCGCAGUCAAGCUGGAACGUUAUGGUAUUUAUUUAUUUAUUGAUC